AUGAUGGUCUCCGAUCAGACUCCUAUGGCAGCAAAGGAUCAUGACCCACCGGGAGACCGGGUGAUGCACCAAGUUGCAGCAGAUGGUAGUGAUCAUACUCUAGAGCCAAAUAACCUUGAUGGUGGUGCAGCAGGCGGCUCUGGAGGGUCAGGCUCAGAGAGCGUUGUUGAAAACACCUUGAAAAGAAAGAGAGGAAGACCUAGGCAGUAUGAUGCGGAUGCAAACCUAGCGUCAUCACCUCCUCCACCUCCGCCACCGGGCCUUUCGUCUUCUCUUUCGAGUUACGAGAAACGGGGCAGAGGGAGGCCCCGUGGUUCUGGUAAACUGCAACUCUUGGCUUCCCUUGGUGGUUUUGCUGCAGAAACAGCAGGAGGAAGCUUCACCCCUCACGUAGUGCCCGUUCAUACUGGAGAGGAUAUAGUUACUAUGAUACUGGCAUUAUCUCAAAAGGGUGCUCGAGCAGUUUGCGUUCUUUCUGCUACUGGUGUUGUCUCAAGUGUUAUUAUGCGUCAGCCUGGUUCUUCUGGAGGAAUUUUGAGAUAUGAUGGCCGCUUUGAAAUCCUAUCUCUAUCUGGAUCAUUCACUUUCGGCGACACAGGAGGUUCAAAUCGCAAAAAUGGCAUGCUAAGUGUUUCCCUGGCUAAGCCUGAUGGCCGGGUUUUUGGUGGUGGUGUUGCUGGCUGUUUAAUCGCAGCUGGUCCUAUUCAACUUAUUAUUGCCAGUUUCAAGCAGAACAUUGGCAAGGAAAUUAAAAGGAGGCAAUCAGUUGAGCAACCUACAGCUCCCAGUUUGCAUGCGGAUUCCAAUAUAGUAAGAGUUCCCAUACAAAUUGCCGGAACCACAGACCGGGAAGAUAACUGCACUACACCAACAUCUGCACUUUCAGAACCAAGAAAUGAAGAAGCAGGUAACAGAGUCAUUUCAAACCAACAAGCAAAUGCUGGUUCUCAAAACCCUAGUGGUCAAAAUGUCUUGCAGUCCCAACAGCCCAUUCCCGACCAAAGAGUACAUGCCAAUGUUGGUGUCCCCCAGUUAUGA